AUGUUGCCUAAAUUUGUUCUUCCUUUUAUUUUAGCCAUCUUAGCCUUGAACUCGUUCCAGUCCAUGGCCGAAGUUGGGGUAUGGACCGCAAUUUCAAGCCCAAAUAAUGAUGAUUUUUUGGUUUGGGCUGCGAAUUUUGCCGUGAGCGAACAAAACAAGAAAGUCAAUACGUCGCUAAAGUUUGAAUGUAUCCUCAGCGCACAAGUAAAACAAAUCGAUGAGGGAUACCCUCCUGCAUUAAAUUUCAUGACAGAUGCAAUGUACGAGCUCGUGAUCUUAGCGCAUAAUUGCAGCGGAAUUGAAAAGCAAUACAAAGCAGAUUUGAUUGUCGAUCCAGGUCCGAUUGAUCCUAAAGAUGGCACCUCUCUCGAUUCCUUUAUAGAAUUAGAUGCUGAACUGAGUUAA